CCCAUGCACCGGAGCCAUGAGGGCGGGCAGCCCCAGGGCCCGGGCCGCCGCGCCCCGGCCGGCGCCGAGGCGGGCAAGGCGGUUUAUAUAGGGUACCCCACUCUCGCCCGGCGCAUGGAGCCGCAGCCUCCCUCUCCCGCUCUCUCCCGCAAGGUGAUGCCGCCGGAGCCGUUGCCCAAAGGGAGCGCGCACUGCCUCGACCCGCACGCCCGCGCCAUGUCGCAGCCGGACGGGGAGCCGCUGCCCGGCGCCCUGGAGAAGGAGGACGCCCGCUCGGCGCCCAGCACGCCCUCCACGCCGUCCGUCUGCUCCCCGCCGUCCUCCUCCUCCUCCUCCACGCCGUCGGCUGGCAAGAACGUCUGCUCCAGCUGCGGGCUGGAGAUCCUCGACCGGUACCUGCUCAAGGUGAGCGGCGGCGGGGGGCGGCGGGUGGCCCCGGGUGGCCCCGGGUCUCAGUCCACUUCUCUGCCGCAGGUGAACAACCUCAUCUGGCACGUCCGCUGCUUGGAGUGCUCCGUGUGCCGCACCUCGCUGCGGCAGCAGCACAGCUGCUACAUCAAGAACAAGGAGAUCUUCUGCAAGAUGGACUACUUCAGCCGGUUUGGUACCAAGUGUGCCCGCUGUGGCAGGCAGAUCUACGCCAGCGACUGGGUGCGGCGAGCGCGGGGCAAUGCCUACCACCUCGCCUGCUUCGCCUGCUUCUCCUGCAAGCGGCAGCUCUCCACCGGUGAGGAGUUCGGCUUGGUGGAGGAGAAGGUGCUGUGCCGGAUUCACUACGACACCAUGAUAGAGAACCUCAAGCGAGCGGCAGAGAAUGGCAACGGGAUCACGCUGGAGGGGGCUGUGCCCUCGGAGCAGGACAGCCAGCCGAAGCCGGCCAAGAGAGCCCGCACCUCCUUCACCGCUGAGCAGCUGCAGGUCAUGCAGGCACAGUUUGCUCAGGACAACAACCCCGAUGCACAAACCCUUCAGAAGCUGGCGGACAUGACGGGGCUGAGUCGGAGAGUCAUUCAGGUUUGGUUUCAAAACUGCAGAGCCCGCCAUAAAAAACACACCCCUCAGCACUCGGUGCCGCCCUCGGGAGCGGCCCCGGCCCGUAUCCCCUCCUCGCUCUCCGAUGACAUCCACUACUCGCCCUUCAGCAGCCCCGAGCGCGCCCGCAUGGUAACGCUGCACGGCUACAUCGAGAGUCAGGUACAGUGUGGACAAGUGCACUGUAGACUUCCCUACACUGCUCCACCGGUGCACCUCAAAGCAGACAUGGAAGGACCACUAUCUAAUAGGGGUGAGAAGGUCAUCCUCUUUCAGUACUGACUGCGCGAGCUCUUCCUCAGCUGCCCACGGCUCCACCAGCACCUCUGUCCCUCAGCCGCUGAGAGACGGCGUCCGGCCCACGGCACCUCUGACAGUCCCCGCGGGAGAAACUCACACGCAGCACUCGCAGUCGUUUCCAUUGCCCAGCACCUCACAGCCACUGUUCCUUCUCCAGCGACACUCUGUGUAUGUGUGUGUUGAGUGCAGAGUUACAUUUUUCACUUGUUUCUUGUGGACUUGUAGAACGCCCGUGAGUCUCUCCGAGGCGAUGCCAGACACGGUCGAAAUCAGUGACUCUACCGUGCUCGCAAACCUCGCUCCCAAACCCACGGGAUGUGAACACCCCUGAACAAGCCGAGUCUCGGAGGGUUGGGGAUCGCCUCUGAACACAAAGGAAGAAGGAACUGACGUGGUUUGGCCUGAUUCUCUUCUUGCACCAGUGAAGCGCCGUCGGUUCCUGGACAUCCCUCCUUGUUUCCACUUGCACGUGUGAAAACUGAGACGGGCUUUUAUGGCUCAGCGGCUCGAUGCGUACACAGACCUUCCCGAGCCAGGCUCGCGGGUAGCUGAGACCCCGCUAAGUGGAAAACACGAUGCCAGCUGGAAAUAGGCAGUUUUUCUUCCUCCUCAAAGUGCUUUAGAAUCACAUGUCCUUUGAUCACUCUAAGGUAAGUCAAUCUUAGUGUUUUUCCCCCCCGUUUUAUAGGAGGGGAAACUGAGAUGUCCUAAACUGAGAGGAACCGUGGGGGUUGGUGGCAGAGCCAGGUUUAGCACCCUGAAGUCUUUGAUUGCUGACUUGUUCUUAGAACACUGAAUCCCUCUCUCCUCUCGCAGCCAUCUGCCAAAUCUUCUUCUUUUUUUAAUUGUUUUUUACUUUUGUUAACAAGCUCCUUUAUUUCCCUGGAGUCCUGUUGGAUCACAAAUGGGUGAUUCCAGAAUGUACCUACACAGAACUCUCAGCCACUCCGUACUCUGGGACUCGGCAAUCCUCGGUGGAGGCUGGUCCCUAAAGGUGUAGAAAUGUUCUGCCCUGGUGUGGACUCGGGUUCAGUCAGUGGAAACGGUGGGGUAGAAAACAGACCAGUUAAAAAGGCCCAAAACCGCGGUGAGGCCGUUGGGAACAGUCGUGAGCCGAGCGCACAGCGAGGUGAUGGCACCUCCUUUAUCCGGCAGCGCUGCCCCCGUUCCCUCUGCCCACUGUCCUCCUCCCGUGCUGCAGGACAGCUGCUCCUCCUGCCAGGGCCUGGAUGGAGGCACAGCCCAGGAGGACUGAUGCCAUGGGGAUGGGCACCGCAGGGCUCGCUGCCACAGCACAGGAAGCAUUCAGCAGCCUGGCCCCAAAGCAGGAAAAAGAACUCCAAAAUGAUCCUUUGGUGACGACAACAACCCAAAGUAAACAAGUAACCUUUGCCAGCCCUUCUCAGUUUGCACCAAGCCAAGAGCAGGUCUGUAAGGAAGCCUCUUUGCGUGCAACACACGGCUCUGUCGUGCUGCUGAGCGUCUGCGAGGAGCCCGUCAGCGCGGAGCACGGCUGGAGGGAGCCCCAGGGACAGAGGACAGGAAUCCAUCCGUUACACAGCUUGGUUUGAACUCGAACUGUCCGUGUGUUUUUCCCCCUGGGAGAUCCUGGAUCAAUCUGCAGUGUCAUCUGGGCACGUGGGGAGUCUGGGCAGCCUCUGCUCCCCGUGUGCCACGGCUCCAGGUAACCACGGGGCACGGGAGCUGCUCCAGCUGCCCAGGAUGGCCUGAGGAGGGGCAGAUGUCUGCUGGGGUGGCCACCAACAUGUCUUGGCUUGAGAAGUAACUGAGUACAAGCAUGCAUUGAUAGAUAUGGGGACAAAUAUAGAUAUAGAUAUGCACACCCCCCCCUCUGUGUGUGCAUAUAUAUAGAUAUAUAUAAUAGAGAGAGGGUGUGAUGGCAAUACCUGGGACAGUUAGGCCAGUACUCUGUCUAAUUGAUUCUAUGAUUCUACUUGCAGCCAGCAGCUUUAUCCCUAAUUUAAAAUCACAUUUGAAUGGAGAGAGGAAAUGAAGUGUGCAGAGUGUUACUGUCACCUCCUGAUGUGUGAAUAACCAUUUCCAGUGAUGAGGCUCUCCCACACGCCUGCCCUGACUGGAACCACUGCUCGGGGCCCCACAGGGAGGUGACAGUCACCAGUUGCAGUGGUUGCAGCCCCUUUUGCCAUGUCUGUUGCAGUGAGUGCAGGGCAGGCAUUCCCUUGGUUGGCUGGUGGCAGAGUGUUUGCAGUUGGAAGGCUGAGGGGGUGGCUGUGGCUGCAGGGAACAGCCUCACGCUGCUGGUGGUGGCCACAGGGCCAGUGAGGCCCCGCUUGCCUCUCCAUUUGUGCUUAUGCAUCCUAACGAUGGGUUAGUUGUGGAACCAGUGCCGUGAAGGAAGGGGUAGUUAGUGAAGACUGCAGGAGAGACUUCAGGCUGUAACUUGACCUGACAUCCCACAGUACUUGAGGUUUCCACAACCGUUUUGUUGAGGGAGAAAAAUGGUUUGAUGCAUUUCUCUUCUGUCUGGGCGGUGCAAUUAAAGGAAAACUGUUCAAUAUGUACCUAUCAGCUUAAUUACUGAUCAAAUUCCCCCCCCCCCCACUUGUGAAAUGGACUGUGCAGCAAAGUUACAGAGCUCUGUGACCACUGAUGGGCCGGGGCGCGGAGCCGGGGGCUGAGGGGGACUCGCCACCACCCAACCCGCGGGGCCAGCAUGGGCACUUCCCUCACGGGUAGCCAGGAGCAGCUUUGCUAAUUCACAAAUCAGGCUCUGUUUAUAUUAAGCCCAAAUUGUUUGCAAAAACUGGAAGCAAUUCAGCUUGUGCAGUUUUAGAGCUAAUUAUGUGUAUUGAAAAUACUCAACUGUACCAAGAAUGUAAGAAAUCCUCUAAUUUAUUCAAUACAUUGUUUCUCAACAUCUUUCACACUGACUGUUGCCACUGAACCAAACCUUAUCUCAGGUCAUUUGCAUUCAUCUCCUGUCUGUAGAUUAAAAAGAAAGGAAGAAAGUCAUUCUCACGUUCUGAGCAGAUUCUGCCAUUGCCAGAUGGGUUCUGGUGCAGCAGACUCCAAGGACUAAACUUUUCCAGUUGCUCUUUGCAAAACCUUUUGCAGACAAAACCCAGUGAAGAUGGCCCAGGAAAGGCUUUUCACUCGAGUUUAACGGUGACUAAACGUGGCCAGGCUCUGCACGUGGUUUAGAGUUUUCUUGCCGGUGCCUGUUCUUUGGGCCGCUGCUGGGUAACCCCCGUGCCCGAGCUAAAGGUGCUUUACACAACUCACUAGUUGGGACAGGGGAGUGGGAACCAAUCCUGCACUACCACCCAUCUCUAGGAUGCCGACUAUAGCCACAUCAGUUUGAUUCCAUCUGCCGAUCAUUUUGUUGUAGCAUGUUGCAGUUCUGCAUGUCUUGGCUACAAUGGUUGAAGAGGUUUCUCUGAGUGAGUGGACAGUCAAGGCUGAUAUUUAUUUAAAAAGAAAAAAAAAAGGUAAAACUAAAUUGUAAGCACUUUUUUGUAAAACCAAUGUCUGUUUUGUUACAUACUUUUAAUGUUGUGCUUUGUAAAUGUCUUA